ACGGCGACAACGGCGUGUGUUUGUUAACGACUUUACACAGCGCAAUGGUGAAGUGACACUUGUUAAUGUGAAAAAUAUGACAUUUAUCCCAUAAAAAGGGUUGCACUUUUUUUAAAAAGUCCUCAAUUACGCAGGGCGUAACCACAGGAAAAAAUGAAGUCAGCACGUUCGAAACCGCCGACUUCGGCUCGAAAGCCGACGAAUCGCACGAGAUUCGUCGUCAAUAAUAAUAUGCAGUCGAAGGAUCCAGUACAAGUUUACUGUCGUAUUAGACCGAUGCAAUUUCCGUCAGACACAUCAUGUAUGAAAGUAAUUUCCGAUACAACGAUAGUAAUCACUCCUCCGGAAUCAGCGACAAAUUUUCGGUCAACUACAAGUAAGGAAAUCCAAACGAUCUUUUCACGUGUUUUUCCCCCGGACGUCUCUCAACGAGAACUUUUCAACAUUGCGGCUCUCCCUCUCGUUGAAAAUUUAAUUCAAGGGAGAAACAGUUUGUUAUUCACGUAUGGAGUGACUGGAAGUGGAAAAACUUACACCAUGACAGGAGAAUCACAAGAUAGUGGAAUUAUGCCCCGCUCUUUGGAUGUCAUUUUCAAUAGUAUUGCUAAUUAUCAGGCGAAAAAGUUUGUAUUCAAACCGGACAAACUGAAUGGAUUCGAUGUGCAAAGCGAAACUGAUGCCAUGCUGGACAGGCAGAAUGAACUUCAUGCUGGACUGACGACUCCUCGGCAUGGGAAGAUGAGGACGCGCAAAGCUGAUAGCGACAGCGAUAGUAAUCCAAUGAUUCUGAGAGCCGCAGAAGAAUCUCAGGUGAUCCAGGUGGAUCCAGACAACGUUUACGCUGUGUUUGUUACAUACGUUGAGAUAUAUAACAACAGUGUAUACGAUUUAUUAGAAGAAGAGGACGUUCGAGCCAAAACUCUGCAGAGUAAAAUUGUCCGAGAAGAUGGUAAUAAAAACAUGUAUGUCCACGCCGUGACGGAAGUUGAGGUCAAAAGCACAGAAGAAGCUUUCGAAGUAUUUCAGAAAGGACAACGCAGACGUCGAGUUGCACAUACUGCUCUCAAUGCAGAAUCCAGCAGGUCUCACAGUGUUUUCACCAUAAGACUCGUUCAGGCUCCUUUGGAUUGUGAGGGUGAGCAAGCAAUUCAAGAUAAACGAGUAGUUUGUAUUAGUCAAUUAUCGUUGGUCGAUUUGGCUGGAAGUGAGCGAACGAAUCGCACCAAAAAUACUGGACAACGAUUGCGUGAAGCAGGAAACAUUAACAAUUCCCUCAUGACUCUAAGAUCAUGCUUAGAAAUCCUGAGGGAAAAUCAGACACAGGGUACCAAUAAAAUGGUACCGUAUCGAGAUUCUAAACUGACUCACCUUUUCAAGAAUUAUUUCGAUGGAGAAGGUCAAGUCAGAAUGAUCGUGUGUGUUAAUCCAAGAUCAGAUGAUUACGACGAAACUAUUCAAGUGAUGAAAUUUGCGGAAAUGACACAAGAAGUUCAAGUUGCUAGACCAACACCAAUUAAGUUAGACUUGGGCUUCACACCCGGCAGACGCCAGGCAAACAAAAUUUUCAAAGAAGCUCGAAGCAGAUUGGAAAAGGACGGAAAACCAGAGGCUGCCGACUUGGAAGUUGACCUCGGUCUUGUCUACAGCCUGGGUGGUCCGUUUCCGGAACUGGAAGUCGCACAUCCUCACAGUGAUCAGAUUAUCACGACUCUGAUGCACUUUUUGGAACAGAGAAUUAAUAAACGCAACAUUCUUCGCGCUGAUCUUCAACAAAAACAAACCGAUUUCAGAAAGAUGCUGCUCUCAAUGGAGAAUGAAAAUAUCAGCAUGAAGGUCGAAAAUGCCUCUUUAAAAGCUUCCCAUGCUCAGCAAAAGAAAAAGGUUUCUGCCCUUGAAGGUCAUUUGUGCAAAACAGAGGCACAAAUCGACAGUUUGUUACGAAAAUUAAAUAAUGCGAAUGACACCAUCAGGAGUUUACAGCAGGAAUUACGCGACAGAGACAUGGCUCUCAAUCAGCGAAUUAUAGACAAGCAACGAGUAAAGCAAAAAUAUAAUCACAAAAUUCAAGCAGAAACGGAUAAAAUGAACAGGGAAUUGGAAAUGAAGUUACGAGCACAGCGCGAACAUCUUCAAAAUCAAAUGAAAGAUAAAGAAGAUAAGCUGCGACUAGUAAAGAAAAUUCUAGUAGACGAUAACGGCUUAAGUACGUUAUCAGGUGAGCAAAAAGAGUCGAUUCCAGUCCUACCAAGCGAAGGUGGCGAUAUUUUGAAUAUAAGAACUCCGGGAGGCAUAGACGUUCGUUCUAGAAGGGACAAGGUUGCAGUUUCAAAUCACAGGUACCGACGUUCUCAGAGCGCGGAUAGGUGGAUAGAUCAUCGACCUGGGGCUUUGGUUCCAGUAGAUACUGUUCUUCAACCUCUGAUGCGACGACGAAGGAGCAUCACGAAAUUAACGAGUCCAAAGGAAAUCACGGAUGGUGCCUCCAGAUACUGUCUCAUUGCCCAGAAUCACGAUUCAGAAGGGGAACUAGAAACUAAACUAUACAAGGCCGAUAUUGUUCCAACAAGUGGUGGAGGUGCCCAAGUAGUUUUCAACGACGUUGAAUGCCUGAAGCAAAUGUCUCCAACGGGUAACAGAAAACGCAGCGGACCUGUAAGUUCGCAGAGUACUCCUUAUUUAAAUUCCGAGCAGUGCCACACUGCUGAAUCUAAUUCUAAGAAACCGCGAGUGUAACUGUAUUUAUUAUAACGAGCUUCGAUAAUUGAUUAAUUUAUCGACGAUGAUCCGUCGUUUAUUUUUAUUUUUUGAUAAUUUCAAUCGAACCAAAUGAAUUUAUUGGUUUCUUUAUGGUAAAUGGUUAAAUAUUGUUGUAGGGAUAAAAUUAUUGUACUUAAGGAAGGUGUGAUAAAUUAAUUUCUUUUAAAUAAAAGUAUUAAGCG